CUCCACAUCCGUUAGGUGACAUACCAGCUUUUUUGGAAGGAUUCUAACGUGAACCAAGAAGACAGCCAAUAUGGGCAGGAUCCUUGUCGGAAUCAUCUCGGCGGUUGCGUGCUUGGUGCUUGUCGAAUCGCUCACUUGCAAUCAGUGCUCCUUUGGUUUGGUCGGCUUAUGUCUGUCAUCCUCCACUGUGGAGUGUGCGACCAACACCUCCCAGUGCUUUACAGGAAAAGCAACUUUCCCCUCCGUCUCCACCUCGGUGGGCUUCAACACCCAGGGAUGCAUCGAGGAGUCCGCCUGCAACAAGACCACCAACAGCAGCCUGAUAGGCGUGCCGUUCGAGACCGAAGUCACCUGCUGCUCCACGGACCAAUGCAACCCGGUCCAGCUGAGCGGGGCCUCGGCCACCAAGACGACACUCGCCACCGCCGUCGGCGUCGCCCUCACGGCGUUGGCUUGGGGAAGCCUGCUUUCUCCAUUAGCCCGAAGCUAUGACAUUGUAGUGUCUGUCAACGGAGAUCUGAGGAUUACGAUGAACAACAUUUGGAAAACGGUCAUUCUUCUGGCUACUAUUGUAGCAGCUGCACACUGCCUAACAUGCCGCCGAUGUGUCGUGGGAUUAUUUGAUCUUUGCCUUUUUGGCAGCGACGAAAUCACAUGUAACAAUGCCACCCAAAGCUGCUUUCAUGGAAGUGCACAAUUCAAUGCUACGGCAUCGGUCAGCCUACAAGUCCGCGGCUGCCUGGACACGGACCUUUGUGGGGAUGUGCUGACUGGCUCGCUCUUCGGAAUCGGUUACACCGCCUCUUUUGAGUGCUGUAACACCGAUCUGUGUAACAGUGCCACGUCUUUCCAAUUCUCCCUCAUGAUGGCUGUCUGCGCCGCCAUUUUUUCCCUUCAGGCCAUGUAGGGCAAAGCAGCUAUUCCCUGUUUGCACUUUUGGACUGCAAUUAGGGUCAAUUCAGAAAUGGAGGACAUUUGGGCUUCAAAAUUCCUGAAAAAUUAGCUUUCACCUUUCAGAUUUUUUCUGUAACAAUAAUAGGUGUCUAAGGCAGUAUUUGAGUUUUUAAUAAACACUUUUCUGUCCACGCUUUUGUUCCUUGCCUGCCUAUUCGCCACGAACACUGACAUUCUAUAGUACUGUUAGCUAGCUGUUUAAUGCAGCGUUUUUCAACUUUUUCUGAGUCACGGCACGUUUUUACAUUGAUUAAAUCUCACAGCACACCACAAACUAAAAAUCAUAGGCGGAGUUUGACUUUUGGGGCAGGGGGGGCACAAUAUGCUGAUGACCCCAAAACGCAGUGUCAGCAAUAAAAUUAACUUACAAAAAUAUUUAUAAUAAUAAGUUGACAAUGAGCGUUUUUUUGUUUCCCAUCAUCCUUGAGGGGAAUUCUAAAUCAGGCUGCUGAGGCAAUACUUUUCGCCAAGAUCAUCAUGCAUUGAUUAUGGUAUACCCGCCGGUGUCGUGCUAAUGUAGUUACCCUAGUCAAAAAUAGUUUCCCCUGGGCAGAGCCAUAUGGAGGUAGAUUUGUGUCUUUAAUAUCCAAUCAAAAAAAAGUUGCUUCAGUCAAAAUAAAGUUGCUUCAAUCAAAAAAUAUAUUUUCAAUCAAAAAAAAGUUGCUUCAAUUAAA